AUGUCAAGAUAUAAAGCUUCUUCUUUCUGGGAAUCUGAAAGAGACAAAGAAAGAGAAAAGGAAAGAGGAAGAGAAAAAGACAGAAAUGAAGAAAGAGACAAAGAAAGAGAAAGGGAAAGAGAAAGGGAAAAAGAAAGAUAUACAGAGAGAGCGCGAACUGGAGGAAGAGAGAGAGAAAGAUAUAUGGAAAGAGAAAAAGAUAUCGAAAGAAAUAGAAAGAGAUAUAAAAAUAAUAGCGAUAUUGAUACUGACAACGAAAGAGAUAGAAAUAAUAAAAGAGAGUGGGAUAGAGGGAAAAUUCAAGAUAAUAGAAACUAUAACAAAGAUUGGGAGAGAAAUAUAGUGAAAAAUAUUGAGAGAGAAACUACUAGUUGGGGAAAAUCACAGAUAAAAAACGAAGCAGAAGAAAGCAGAUUAAUAAUUUGGCCACCUUCACCUGAAUAUUCAAGCAGGUUAAGAAUUUAUCUAUUAAGAAAAAUAAUAAUAAGAAAAGUCAUGUAA